AGUAGUAAUGUUCAAAUGUUGGUUACAAGCAGUAGCAAACAUGCAAUGAGUUAGAAUUUGGACACCACAGCUUUGAACGUUUAAUAGUGCAAUGCGUCGUACUGUGGAAUCUGUAUGAACAGAAGUAGUGUUUAAUUAAGAGCGUAAUAUGGAGCUAAGCGAGGAAGACAUCAAUGUAGAAACGCUGAGAAAACAUAUUCAGUUACAUCUGUAUGAAGCUGGCAUAAAAACUCAUGUUCGAGAACUUAUCAAUAAAUUAGGUGAGCAGAGUGUGGACUCAAACAGAGAAUUAGUUGCUCAAAAAAUUUUGAAUGCUUUACAAGGGAAAGGUAUUCUGGAUGAUGUCAUCAAAACAUUCAGUAGUAAGAAACCUGAAAAUUUUGCAGGUGGAUCAAGGAAGAAGGAAACCAGAGAACAUGAUGUUAACGGCACAUUCGUCCUGGGUGUGAAACAGUAUGCACUGCCAACAACAAAAUUUCGUGAAUCAUCAUCAAACAGGGAAGUCACAAGCAGCCCUGCAGACAAUCCAUCUGACAAACUGGGUCAGUUCAGAACACAGUUAGAAAUUGAAGUUAGAAGUGGAAAAGCAUUCAUUGACUUCUUGUUGGAAGAACAGCUGUCCUUAAAUAGCAGUGAUUCUUGGCUCAACAUUUUCUUUUAUUUCCGGGGUCAGAGACGUUGGGUUAAGCCCACAAUAUGUGCUUGUGAACCCCAGUUCAGUGGAAAUUUCACAUUUGAACUUAAUGUGCCACACAUAGGACAACUCUUGGCAAUUUCUGAUCCAAUCCAUAUGGUUCUUCUGAAGGUAUCAUCAUCUGGUGAGAGACGUCUUCUGUCUUCUCACUUCAUGGAUUGGAGAGAGAUCCUUGUUUGUUCUCAGUUACAGAAAUGUUUCAUGGUGGAGUUUCUGGGAGUUGCCGUGCGUGUCCCUGUGGUCCUGUUUAGAACACCUUUCACUCUCUAUUUUUUAUUCUGCCACCUUCAAUAUUUCAAAGAAUGUGUUCCAGGAGCUGAAAAUACUAUACCAGUUGGAACAGUGGAAGUUAAAGUGUCACUGGUGCCUGCUUUAAGCCAGCCACUAUCACAGAAUGUAAUUACUGCCCAAAAGAAUUUGGAGAAGUCAGUGAGAACAGAAAGGUGCAAAAUAUUUUUGCUGUAUGCUAAAACAUGGUGGAAGGAUUAUUUAUCAGUUAGGUCAGAGCAUUCCACAAGAACUGUCAAAAUAUAUGCUCAAGAUGAAAAUUUGGAAACAAAGCCAGUAUUUACAUUCUUGAAGGCCAUGGAAGUGGGAAGACCAUUUUUGGAAACACCAAGACAAGCAGCGUGGUUUGUUUCACUGAUACCUUUAGAAAAUCCAGACGCAUCAAACACUUUACCCUUCAAUGGCCAUUGGAAUAAUCUUCAUACGUUUUUAUGCUGCAGGAAGGGUGGCCCUGCAGAUCAUGCUCUUCUCUUAUGCAGCCUACUGCUUGGAUUUGGCCUAAAUGCUUUUGUGUGUAUUGGCACAAAAGCUAAUGGCAGUCCAUGGGCAUGGGUUCUUACACAAGGAAACAAGAAAUAUGUCACAUUUUGGGAAAGUACGACUGGAACUCGCUAUAGACAUAAAAAUCCUUGUGGUAGCAAAGUACAACCCAAUAAAAAAGCUGAUCAUAACUACAAGACAAUUGGAAGUGUCUUCAACAACAGGCAAUUUUAUGCAUCAGUACAGGAAUCUGAUGCAGUAGAACAUUGUAACUUCAACUUUAAAAAUGAAUCUGAAUGGAAGAGCAUGUCAGAAGCAGCAAUAAAUUCUGUACUUGAAAAAGAACCACAUGUUCCUUUAGUUGGAGGAUAUCUAGAUGCAUUACAAAUAAGCAGGAACACACAAAAUGAACUGAAGAAAAAUAUAACAGAAAAGAGAAUGGAUUUUAAUCUACUGACACGCUGGGACCGAAAUCUGGAGCAAUAUUUGCUGCAGCUCUUAGCAUCAUAUGAAACAGCACGCCAGACUGGUACAGCUUUGGUUACAGAAGAUUUUGAAGAAAUUAUUGAUAGUAAUAUCCCAGAAGAUUUUACAUUUAGAGCACUGCCUUUGCAUGUUAGUGACAUUCCAGUGAGGCGAAUUUUUGGACAUUGCAUGAGGCAUCCUCUAAUACGGGAUAUAAUUCUCUGCAAGGACCCAGAUGUGAAAUUAGCGUUAGGCGUCUCUGUAUAUGUUUAUCCAGAAAAUAUUCUUUCACUGUGGCUAAUAGUUGCCUGUAAAUACAGAAUAAUUAAAGAUAAAAAUUUGAUUUAGUUGAGACCUUUGUUUACAAAGAAUCUCUGAUUUUAUGGAGCACAAUUACACCUGUGUGUUAUUAGGACUUGAUGAUACAAAUGUAUUUGAGUGUGAAGAUUUUCUAGCAUUUCCAGUCUUCCUUUGUAGAGGACUGAUUUGACUCUCUUUGCAGAGAAAUGAUACGAGUCAAUUUGUGCAGCAAUGCAUGUCCACAUCAUGUUACUGAAGGUAUUGUAUACUGAAUACUGAAAGAAUGAAAAUAAAGGUAAAGUUUUACGGUA